UGCUUGUGUGUACCCAUGGAAAUGUAAUGUUAGGAAAGUAGUGCCCUCUAAACAAACCCUCAAUUUCUCCACCUUGUCAUUAGAGGUGUUCUCUGGGCAGGCCGCUUGAAAAUGUAGGGGGGUGUGCCUGAUAUGCGUGAGCCCACUGGAUCGAAGGUAGCCGGACCACAAAGCUUCGCAAUCUGCGUUGGUGAAUGAGCGGUUUCUUCAAAAAUUCGCUGAGAAGUCAUUCAAGAAUGGGAGCAUUAAUAUCCGUGAUCUUGAGCACAGUGCAGUCCUACUUGCGAGCACCGGUCAGCCGUAAGCAUCCCUUCGGUUUUCCCUUGCCUCCCGAGAUCCACAAAACUCUCACUGCGGAGUACAUAGAGUCAUUUAAGCAAGUCUUCGUCGUCGGCGACGUACAUGGUUGCUACGAUGAGCUCAUGGAUCUUCUUGCCGUGGCGAAAGCCAGAGGUAAUGACACGCUCAAGUUGUUCGUCGGCGAUCUCGUCAACAAGGGACCCAGAAGUGGAGAUGUACUUGAGUUUCUGAUGAACAACCAUUCCUCGUGUCACUCCGUACGUGGCAAUCAUGACGAGGUGGUGCUCAGGGAGUACUACGCCUCACGCAACCCAAUGUAUGCCCUUCCUGCGGAGAAUAAUUGGAUUAAACAUCUCACUGUGUGCCAAAUUCGUUACCUUGAGCAGCUUCCCUACACUCUGGUUAUGCCAAGCCUCAACACUGUCAUUGUGCACGCCGGUCUUGUUCCUGACCAAGGACUGAGUACAUCACUGGUGGACAUGGUCACAAUGCGAAAUGUCAUUAUUAAUGAUUGCUGGGAGAAGGGUGGCAUCAGGGCCACCUGCAAGAAUGAAGAAAAUGCUGAACCUUGGGGCCAAGUGUGGAAUGGGCCACAUCAUGUCAUCUUUGGCCAUGAUGCCAAACGCAAGCUCCAGAAGUGGCGUCACUGCACAGGACUUGACACUGGGUGUGUGUACGGGAAUGCACUUACAGGCAUAUUCAUCACUGGAAACAGGGCUGGUGAACUUGUAUCAGUGAAUGCCAAGUCCACCCACCAGAGGCCUAUGGACAAGCAGAAGUGAUCGACUUUUCUUUCUUUUGCCUUCUUAGUGGCUGAAACAAAGUGCUCUUCAUAUAAGGACUGAUUGUGCAGCAAAGGGGGAAAUCUGAUGACCUGGUGAGAACCACACAUAUGUACAAGGCUAGUCAAUAUUAUUGCAGAAGUUUGCUUAUUCUGUAGUUCCCAAGCUGAUCUGGUUGGGAAAUAGCUGCACAUAUGGCAUUCCUCAGUCGUGUCUCAGAUGAGCGGUGAUGAUGGCAGCUUUGUGAUAUUUUUGUUGUAGAACGUGAAAGAAAGAAAAGAAAGGGUUGAGAUGUUUUUAUGUGGCUUUCUUAUUCUUACCAACUGCAAGGUUACUCAAAGUGCCCGUAAAGAGCAUCUUUGUACGUCAUCACCAUGAUGUGGAAAAUUUUUGUUCAACAGUGUUAAAUAAAAGCUGUGGUGACUUGUGCCAAAGAAAAAAAAAAGUAGCAUUUCAUUACCUUAAAAGGUUGUGCUUUUAAGAGAACAUGAGGCAUCCACCUAUUGCAGUAAUUGUGACAAACAAAGUUCCUGUUACUAGUAGCCUUAGCGGCAAGGUGAGCAGCACAGUCCAGUCAGCAUUUUUUUGGUGAGGGCACCAAGUGAUUCCAAGUUGUAAGCCUGGGCUAGAGUGGACAAACAUUUAAAACUCCAAAAUAAUGAAUUGAGCUAAGUGAACAUGAAAACAAAGUUGAAAUUCUGAUGUAUUUGGGGUCUUGAGAAUGCAGACAAAUUAUGUGGGCAACAUUGUUCGUAGCCAGGUAGUAUUGUGAAAAAUACGAGUUAAACGCCAAAGUCAUGCAUAUUUCGUCACUACUUGUAAUGGAUUGAUACAAACGUGGUGCAGUGAAUUGCCAGAGAUACCUUCCCGCUGGAAUAUUUAGUGUCAUGAACACUUUUGCGCUUACGAACUGUAUUUAGCUGGUUCGAAAGGCAAUUUCAGUGUUCCUGCUCAUAUUGCUCACAAUUUUAUAUCUUGCUCAUGGAAAUAAUGUGGUGACGGACCACUGCACAUUCUCUCUAGUUUUUAUGAAUGGUAAAUGACCAACCUAACAUGACAUCAUUUUCUGCGCAGAUCCCAUAGCAACUGUACAGUAUCUCGAAAUGUUGUGGCAUAGUGCUUUUUUGUCUGGAGUGCCUAUUGCUCCAAGUUUCACAUUUGCUCUCCUUUGCUAGCUUUGCUACAUGUAGGGAUUGUUGGGAUAUUUAUCUAGAGGUAGGGACAAAUAGGAGUUGCCUAUCUUUAUAGGAAUAUAUAGGAAGGUGCCUAGGGAGGGACAGAAUUGGAGGGAUGUGCCUUAAUGUCUACAUAAAAGAAUGUGAACAAUCACUUCCCACCGGAGGAUGUGUGUAUUUAGCACACUAUGUGAACAAGUAAAAGCGUGAACCAAAAUUUCAGGUGUCCUGUAUUUUGAAGAGACACAAAGACCAAUUUACCAGACCAAACAUGUAAGCAUAUUUUUUUACAAAACAUAGCAAUUGUUGGAUAUGUGAACUUACGGUGGCACUGUAUGACUGUGGAUAUUGAUUUUUAGAUAAAAACAUGAAAUCAUUAUCUGUUAUUUGGGUGUUUCUUGGCUUUGUUUUGUUUUUGGCAGCCUUUUCUUUCUUCCUGUAUGCACAUGCAGCAAAUUUGUGAAUUAUCACGCUAUAUAUUGUUAUAAGCCAAAUAAUGAUUCAUUUGACAGUUCAGUGCUGUCCUUCGUAGUCCUUCUACUCUGCCCGAUAGUAGGUACUCUGCUAUGUAAACAUGCAAGUUCCAGCAACUUUGGUUGUGUCGCUUUCAUUCUGUCUUAAAGGAGUACCGACACAACAAGGUAACUUAUGGAAUAGAUUUGGAUGGACACACGCAUUAUUUAUGAAAUAGCAGUGGAUAACACUACUUAGAAUCAAUAUUAAAGUGCAUGUCGUGCCACUGGACACGAAAGGUGCCUUUCGUUUCCGUGUAAACAACCAACCGCCACCUGCAUCACGAGUGUGUGUUGGCUGUUACAAUCUUUGCGAGCAUUCUCUCCUAGCAGACUUCGCGGGAGUACAAAAGCUGAUGCCAUUGCCUCGGGAGUGCAUUUAUGGGGGGACACGCUUAUUUACAACGUCUCUGACGAGAUUGUGGCAGCACGUUGGUGGCCUUCGUUGAAGAAAGUUGUUAACAGGGGCUGCAUGUGCACGCAGUUCUGUGCACUCUGGUUGCCAACUAUGUUUACAAAAAAAACACUCUGGGUCCUGCCUCAUUUGGUGCACUGUGCAUCCGAAACUGGGACAGGGCGGUAUAAAACUGUCUCCAAAUAAUUAACCAUUGCAUGCUCAGACAAACGAGCUUUCCAGCCAUGAUAACUUGGUCCUUAGCUGCUUAUUGCUAGACAAAAACGACGCAAAAUUUUUUGUAAGAUGUUUUUCAAUUAUUUUCAGCGGUGUAGCCAGAAAUUUUUCCGGGAAACGUUGGUAUUCGCACACUCUAAACCAUCAGCCUGGUUAAACCACUUGUUGUUUUGCAAUUUUAAUGGUCAUAUCACUGGCAUCCUUCUUGAUAAUUCAUGCCAAUGAAGCAAAUGUGCAUACAAGCUUUUAUGUUGCUUAAUAUACACUUUUAAGCUUUUCCUGGUGGCCUCGUUAUAUAGUUCUCUACUCUGUUGGCUCACAUGCUUUUAUACUUUUGAUAGCCUGCUGUACAAUUUCCUCUGUAGUUCAAUGUUUUAAAGCAUACUGGCAUUUUCUCUUGUGCAGUUUUAUUAUUUUUUUUAACUGCAUGCUGAUGCAAAAGUGAUUCUGCAUACAAUAGAUACACUGACCAUGAAAAGUAUCCUACAGCAUUGUUGAUAAGACAAAUAUAAAUACUAUGUGUACCAUUUUGCUAGUGUAGUAGUUGAUGAUUACAAGAAAGAUCAAUUUAUUUACAUAAACUAUUUAAAAGUAUCUUUACAGUGUCUUAUUUGAUUUUGUUUUAUAGAAUGUACUUUGCACAUUCUUUCUCUAUGCUUAAUAUACAAAUCUUCCAUAGGUUUAUAUACCUGUGUACCUCUUGGUAAACUAUGUUGCAGCGUGGCAAAAUCUAUGGACACCAUAACCAAACGUAAGACUACACACAGCGCUGUGUGUCGUCGUACAGUUCUUCACGAUAUGCAUGUUCUUUGCAGCGUUACAAGUUUACAAAAUGAACCUUUACCAACAAGCUCAUGUAUCCACCCUUAUUAUGGUACCUUUCAGCAAAAUUAUGCCAAAAAUUGCUUUGGCUGGUAUCAUCCUUUGAAAUAAAAGAUGUUUU